GUGUGUAGCUACGCGCUUCCGCGCUUCGCGGCGCUGCAGGGCCCGGCGUACCUGAGCGUGCCGGCGGCGGCGCUGCUGGCGGCGGCGGUGGCGGCCACGCUGGCGCAUGCGCAGUCGCGCGCCUCCACGCACGGGCGCGCGCUCGCCUGCCACGCCGCCGCGCUCCUCGCGGCCAACGCCUGCAACGCCGCCUACACCUUCAGGACGGAGCUGUGCCAACCGCUGGCUAUUGCAAUAAACUUCUUUCUGCUGGCAGCAGCAUUUUGGCUACAAGUCAUUUGCAUCAAUAUGGCUCGUGGAUUUAGUCAAAUGCUACGAAUCAAAAGCGCAGUUGGCGGCGAGCGAAGCGGCUUGAGAGCCUUCUGCCUUUACAGCCUGUAUGCGUGGGGGUUGCCAGUUAUUGCGACGAUAGUAAUAGUCAGCACCCUCUCAGAUUAUGCGUUCUCUGGACCUCUCUACCACACGAAGACAUGUUUCUUUGAAGAAGGACCCAUCUCCAGGACAAGGAAAACGAAUACGCUCUUCUAUUACUACGCUCCAAUGUGCAUCAUUCUCCUAAUGAACAUUUCCAUGUUUGCAUAUACUGCGUUGAAAAUUCGAGCUAUGAGGAAGGAUGUUGGCAUACUUCAUCAAAAGAAAGACGGACAACCUUCA